GACGCCAUUUUUAGGGAGGGGGGCAUGUGUUUCAAAAUAUAAUGUCUUUUUUCAAAGGUUAACUUUGGAAGUCGAGCGUAGAUGAUACAAAAACAGAGAAACAUUCGAAGAAAUUAAUACUCAAGAACCAACAGAAAUCAUUAUGUUUUUUUAAUUGAACAUUAUAGUAGUUUGUUGUACUUACCAGUCUCACAAGUCAGGGAUCCAAUCAGUACUCGAAUCGCAAUAUGGAAGCCAUACUUAGAUAACAAAUUAUCAUGCCAUUGUAUAGUUAAUUAUUGAUAUGCUUAAACAAUCGCUCAUUGAUCCAUAUGAACACACAAGUUUAUCCUAAUAUACACGAUUAAAAAUAAUUGUUUACAAGUUACAACCUUAUUGAGAAAUUGUUCAAUGGCGUCUCUUUACUGGCCAAUCAGCGCUUGCCGUUCGUUGCCACUGAGUCUUUCGACGUAACCUGUAAUUUGUCCUGUGAUGUCGUCAUGUGCGGAAUUUCUCGAACGAACAGCCGGACAGCCCACAAAAAUCGUACACGUCACAACUUUCGUUAUGUUGCUUAGGGGCUAAGUGCAUUUGAAAAUUCGUCCGGGAACAACAUUAACGACAAAAAAUGGAAACGCUUUAUCAUCAAACGAAUAAGUUGGUGCAAGAAUUACAGCACUUGUUCAGCCAGCUGGAUAAAAAAAAUCCUAACCUUGACGUCGCGGCAGUUGAACAUGAAAUCCAAACAAAACUUCAGAAUAUUAACAGUAACUGUGAUAGGCUAGACAUUUUGUGCUCAAAGGGCCCUAUAUCACAGCGGCAAAAUGCAAAAAUGCGAGUGGACUUGUUGAAAUACGAAAGCAGACAUCUGACAUCAGCUCUGAAUAAAUGGAAGCAGACAAUUUUAAGCAAACAAAGAAAAGAGGCAGAAAGAGAAGCUCUUCUAUCUCGUAAAUUUACCACCAAUGAUCAUGUGGACAUAAUGAUUGAUCACAGCCUACAACAUAACACCAGCAUGCGUAACUCAAUCAAUGGAGUUGACAAUAUGCUCCAGACAGGCUUUGGUAUUAUGGACAGCUUGCAAUCACAGAGGUAUACACUGAAGGGAGCACAUAAGCGUUUAAUUGAUAUCGGUAACGUCUUAGGUUUGUCUAACACAACUAUGAGACUGAUUGAAAACAGAGCUCGUUCAGAUGGAUUCAUUCUGGUAUUUGGCAUGAUUUUCACAUGCCUUGUUAUAGCACUAGUACUGAUUUAUGUUUACUACAUAUAAACAUUCCUUGAGUGCAAGAAAUUGUAAAUAGUAACGUAUGGGAAAGACUAUGGGAAUGAAAUCGAAUUCAGUGAUUAUACUUUGAAUUUAUCCAAAGACGUUUUAUUACUGUAAAUUAUUAUAAAGUUUAAAUCUCAACAAACAAAAAAAAUAAUAUAUGAUGUUUCUAAUUUUGUAUAAAAUUGAAACAAUGUUGUUAUGAACGUAAAUAUAAUAUUAUAAAAAUCUCUUGCACAGAGUUAUAAGUUUGAUAAAGUUUUUAAUUUGUUAUCAAUAAUUUAAUUUUUUUUUUGUUUAAGUUUGACAUUUAACUUUAAUGACAACAUUUCAUAAUCCCUAAAUGAAAUUCGAAUUGACAAUCACAAAACGUCAAUGAGAAAGUUGGCAUUGAUUUGAAAAUAAAUUAUUUUUGUACAAAGAAAGAAA